AUGUCUGAAACAGAUGUGCCCUGUGGCCUGCCUGCUGCAGAGCCAGGACAGCAGCCAUGGCCAGGCUGUCCGUUGGGUUCCACGGCCACUGACAUCACGGAGACCCAGCCAUGGAACCGUCACCGGGAGCUGCAGGAGCAGCAGCAGCAGCGCUGCUCUCACUGUGCCUGGAGGCAGCGGCGAGUGUGGCAGGCGGGAGGAAGGCUCUGCUGGACAAGCGCUGGGCCUUCAGGAGCGGCUGCCAUGGCGAGGAUCAUGAGUGCAACCUUCACCCAAAUUGUGAUGGUGCUGGGCACCCUCCACCUGCUGCAGGUGAAUGACCAGAACAUGCAGGUGACCAAGGAGCUCGUGCAGCAGCACGAGGAGCAGCUCAGGCAGGAGAUGGCCCUGCUGCGGGAGAUGGAGCAGAGCAGCCAGGAGGAGCCCAAAAUCACCCUGUGGAGCCUGGUGCUCACGGUCUGCCAAAGCGGCUGGUUCUGGGAGGCUGCAAGUAUGCUCUUCACGGUCUUCACCUUCUACUGGCAGCUCAGGCACGGCAGCUCUGGCAGCAACAGCUCAGCCCAGGGAGAAACUCCAGCAGCGCCCAGAAGGAAGAGGAGGAGGAGGAGGAGGAAGAAGAGCAUGCAUGCCACAGCAGAGUGUGGUGAACAGCUGGAUCAAGUCAGCUCGCCCGAUCUGCGUCUUGAGCGGAACGACAUGCAGAACUCAGAGGAGGAGGGGAUGGAAGAAGGGAUGAUAGAGGCAUCUGCCACGCCCUCCCCACAAGAAACUUUGGGACAGAACUGCGUCCAGGGAAUACACUAGAAUUCAUUCCCAGGCUGGAUGUUUUUAGCUUCCCAAAAGCAGACUGUAUUUUAGAUGCUUAAGAAUUUUUCAUUUGAAGUGUAGAAUCUAAGAAUGUUAAUGAAAUUGUUCAUCAAUAGGAAGUAGUUCUAUUAAAGCAGCAAAUGUAAUGCUAACUAAAUAUGCACAGAGUUGAAUCUAGGGAAUAGAGUAGUAUUCAUUGUUAGACUAUAUAUUUUACCUUUCCAAAACCAGAUUGUAUCUUAAAUGUUUAGGAAGUUUUCACUUUAUGUAUAGAGAAUAGGAAUAUUAAUAAAAACGUUCAUAAAUAGGAUUUAGAUCUAUUAAAGUAGCAAAUGUAAUGCCAACUAAAUGUACCCAGGGCUGCAGCCAGGGGGAAUAGAGUAGUAUUCAUUGUUAGAUUCUAUAUAUUUUAUUUGUCUAAAUCCAGAUUGUAUUUUAGAUGUUUAAGAAGUUUUCAUUUUAAGUAUAGAAUAUCGUAUUAUAUGGUAAAGAUAUUAUCUAUAAUAGAAUAUAAUGUAUAGAAUAUUAUUGUAUUGUAAAGACUAUUGUAAAGAAUAUCUUCCUAAUAUAAGAAUAUUAGUAAAAUUGUUCAUAACUAGGAUGUAGAACUUAGAGCUGUUAAAGUAGCAAAUGUAAUGCUAACUAAAUUACAUGUAGCUAAUUAAAUGUGUUAUGAUAUCCAUUAAAAGUCUUGUUCUUUGUUAUGUCCGUAGUACUUUACUCAAUUAAGCCUUUGUUUUGGUUCAGUGUUUGCAAGCUGUACUUUUUAAAGAUGAAACUGUAAAUAAAUCAAUUUCCCUUCUUUCCUAUACCUUCCCUUCUGUCACUAUAUCAAGUGACAGACUUGAUGGAAUUUUGUCCAAUACCCAAAUGGUGUAAGACAUUUUUAUAGGAAACAAAUUAAGAAAUUAAAUUUAUUUUUUGCACUGUCCACUGGUUUAUUGGAAGACAUCAUUAGAAGUGAUAUACAGAGCACAUUUUCUCAGAGCCACAUCUAAUGAAAUGAAUGGAUCAGUCCAGGGCCCCAGGCUGCGCCCUGCCACCUUUGCCCAGUGCCGAGUAUUUGGGACAAAAAUUGAAAAAAACUUUAGAAGUAGCUUUAAAAACUUUUAAGUACCUAUUUACACCUGGUGACAAACUCCCUGGGAUUUUUUCCAGCCAUGGCAAAAUGUGAUCUUUGGAGAUAAAUACAGAAAAUGUUCCAACAGAAUAUAUGCAUGUGUGUGUGUGUAUACAUUGGACCUUUGCAUGUACCAGGGGAUUAGAGGCCAUGGUAAAGGGAAUGUUUACAGACAGCCAAUAAAUAAGGCCAGUUUCCAAGCAGUAAUUUAUUACACUGAUAUCCAGUCACAGUACAGUACACAUGAGCAGUGGUUAGCUCUUAAUUGCUGUCAGUCAUUAUCAGCACAUGUCCAGUGUCCGACUCCUGGCCUUUCCCAUGAAACAGCAGUGGAAGAAAGCCCCUGGCCCAGUCCCACAUGGGCAGCACUGAUAGCCCUUGAUGGCCUCCCUUGCAGAAAUCAGGAUGCUCAGAGGUGAGAGCUCUUCAGCAAGAAAAGCUGGAAGUGAAGGAGGAUAUUUUUUUGCCCCCUGCAGUUGUUCAUCUGUCCUUAAUGCUUGAUUUUUCCCACAGUAUCUUGUCAUACUUUGUUGUCUUGGAAUUCUGGCUUUUGCCAGGCAUAUUUAUUCCUUACUCUGCAGGAUCACGUUGCUUUGAUGAGACAGUUUCUGCUUUGUCUGCAGGAUAAAUUUGGUUUCCCUGGACAUCUUCCUGCCUGCUCUGCAUGCUUUAUCUUCUGAGCAGAUUUUACUGCUUGUAUAUGUUUUCCUCUACACUAUUUGUGCAGUUGUACUGUAAAUCUCUGUAUGCCCAUUUUGCAGUACAUGUGUACAUACAUAUAUAUAGAUAGAGAUAGAUAUAGAUAUAUAUUUCAACUGUGUUACAUAAAUGGUUGCUUGCUUGGUAUUGUUAUUCCUGUUGUUACUGUGGUAGAAGAUCCUUACUCACUCCCUGUGGUUAGGUUGUUUUAGUUUUCUGAGGUCUAGGUUGAAGACAAAGUAAUAUUAUUUAUACUUUAGUCUGUUUUUUUUCUAGGGACUCAUCAGGCCUCUGCCUGAAGUCUGAAACUUCUGAAAAGGCUACUUUUUGUUUCUUCCAGUUAAUAUUUUAUUACUUGAUACUUACUGGAGAAAAAAAAUGUUAAAUGCUUUUUUGUCUUGCUGCUCAGUUAGGAUUUCCUUAUUUCCUGUCUCUCUUACCUUUCAGUGUUUUGCUUCACCCUCACUUUGCCCAAAAACAUCUCUUCAGUGUCUGGAUUGUGUAGAUUCUAACUGGAAUCAGUGAGAUUUUUUCCCAGUAGUACUUUGGAAUUAAGCCCCCAGCCUUUUUAUUUUGCUUAAUUUGCCUCAUUUGUUUAGGCAGAAUUCUCUGCUCACGAGUCUUUAACUGUAAUUAGGGUCAGCUUGUGCCAAAGCUGUAUUUUAACAGUUAAAUUGUGCAUGCAUACAUGUAUGUAGGUGUGUGUACAUGUGUACAAACAGGGAGUUCAUAAUGAUGUAGACAUGCACACACCUGUAUUUACAAACACUGCAGAAAUCCCACUGUUCCAGAACUGGUUCCCAGUGCAUCCUGUCACCAUAAUUCAGUUGCAUCAAGCACCAUUUCCUUUUCCUCCACAGAGAUAACCUGCAUAUUUGAUUAAGGCACAAUACAGCUUUUUCCAGUCUUCAUAAAUAUUAAUUAUGUUAAUUAAAUAUUAAAUCAAAUAUUAAAUCAUAAUUAAAAUUAAAAUAUUAAAUAUUUAUUGAAGGAGAUCUAGUGUCAGUGACUCUGAGAGCACAUAUCCAGACAUUUCCUUCUAGUUAAUGUUGUGCCAUUUAUAAUUGUUAUGGUAAUGGUCCAGCAGCCAAUUAUGUCUUUCAGACUGCUAAAUUCAUGUUCAAGUCACAUCAUUCUUUCUCCUUGAAAGAGAUUUGUUGAGCUAUAUUGAAACCACUGAUAACAUUUCUGCAGCAAAUUUCUGGUUUGGAGAAUGGUGAUUGUAGCACAAGAGCUGAGAAUUAUUCUGCUCAAAGCUGAGCUUACUCUGCAGUUCAAAGGCUGCUGCCCCUCGAACUUGGUCUUUGAGUAGUUUGGAAUGUAGUGAAGGAAUGUUACAUUUUAACUUAAUCAUCGCUGGGAAGGGAAAAAACCCACCUGAUUAUACUUUCUACUCUUGGAAUUUCAUCCCACCUGGGGCACUGGAGUCGGUGUUUUUAUUGCCAAACUGACAGUAAUUUACAUUAGAACAUGUAAAUUAUAGUAGGAUGGGGAGAAGUCAGGUUAAUGCCUGUACUGUUUACCUUUUCUCUAUUUAUGCUGUUUAUUUUGAAAUGUUAUGAUUUUCACAUAUUUAACUGAUUUUCAAAUAUUCAACACACCUGUCAGAUUAUUUUCACUAAAUCACCAUUCUGAAGUAUAAAGAACUGACAUAGUUCCAGCAUUAGAAUCAUAGUGUUUGACAAGAAUCCUGCCUCUUGUCUUUUUCUUCCAAGUUUUAGGCAAUAAAGUGCUCCUGAAACCUACAAAUCCAGCAUGUCUGAAAGCAUUUCUUUUUGAUGGAAUAGACCAAACAAUAGACAUUUGAACAAAGCCCUUGAUGCAACUAUGCAAUAAAUAAAUGUGAGGGUUGCUUUGGUGAAGCAGGUCUGAGACUUUCUGAUACCAAAUGAUAUCUGAAUAUUCCAUUCUGAGACCUCAGUUUCCCAAAUAAAAGAUUUCCCAGAAGAAAUAGGAAAAGACUGCUAUCUUUUUUUCUUUCUUUUUUUAUUUUUUUUUCCUACUAGUGCUCAUAGGACCUGAUUUUAUUAGUUUUUAUUUGCGGCCUCAUUUUUGUUCCCAUGUGAAGAUUCUAUUCCACUUGAAAUUGUGGAGGCUGAGAUUAUAAUCAUCAGCCUAGUACAGCUACCUAUUUGAAAUAGCUGAUCAAACCAAAAAUGAGGCAAGAAAGAAUCAAAACAUGUAAGUUUGGUUAAUUUUUAAAUUAUGCAUUUGUAAUGCAUCUGCUGUCACCAUGUUUUGCCAGAUAAUUUUGUAUAGCCUAAUAUUUCCUGAUAAGCUUGCUUGCUGUUUCUUCUGUUCUUCCUACAUGUAGCAAUUUAGAAUUAAAAAUAAU